CUAGCGAGUCUUGUCUGGAUUUGAGAUUUCAAUAAUCGGUGAGUAUUUUUGAUAAAUAUUAUUUUAUCGAAUAUGAUAUCCAGAUAAACUACUCCUUCGUCUAUCUAUCACGUCAGUGACACGCUGUAACUAUAGCGAUAUUGGUUCUGAUUCCUGAAAUAAAUGCUUGAACUUUCAAAUCUCAUCCAGGAGGUCGUAGGUUCGAAGCCCAGCUAAAGGACACCGUUAUGUAUAUUUACCACUCGCUCGUACGGUAAAUACCGUAAUGUAAGGAAACCGCCGGUUACCUUUGUCCCAACAUGACAUCGUGGGCCAGGCUGCUCACCUACGCUCACUAAAGAAGUCGGGAUCGCUAUCACUGUUGGGACUACUAGCAGUUCUUUAUAUAUGUUAGUAACUCCAUAUGAUCACUAACCAAUACCUGGCAACGCACUUACAAACCUUAUGGUGUAGCAGGUGUCCAUGGGCGUCGAUAUCAACAAUGAAGUUUCUCGUGUUGGUUGCCAUCAUUGCCGUCGCUCUGGCCGAAGAAGAUUUGGAACAGGCGAUCGCUGAUCCUCAGAAAUUGCAAAGUUUCGUCGAUUGCUUCCUUGACCGGGCACCAUGCUCGCCGGGACCAGCUAAUUUUAAAGAAAUGACACCUAAAGCUGUUGCAAGCAAUUGCGCAAACUGUACACCAGCUCAGAAGCAUUUAGCUAACUUAUUCUUCACAAAGUUACAACAAAACCUGCCCCAGGAAUACGACAACUUCGUACAAAAAUACGAUCCCAAAGGCGAAUACAUGGACUCUUUCCUCAAAAGCGUACAAGGGGCCUAAUAAUAUUUUUUUGUAAAAGAUAUAUUUUGAGUAUAUAUGUAAUAAUAAACGUUUUCAUUCAA